GAGGAGGCGGCUCUGCUGGUGGCGGCGGGGCGGGCGGGCGGGAGGAUGGCGGGGGACAGCGAGCAGCGGCUGGAGGAGCAGGGCCAGCCCAGCGGCGGGGAGCCCUUCCUCAUCGGGGUCAGCGGCGGCACGGCCAGCGGCAAGUCCUCAGUAUGCUCCAAGAUCGUCCAGCUGCUGGGCCAGAACGAGGUGGAUUAUCGCCAGAAGCAGGUGGUGAUCGUGAGCCAAGACAGCUUCUACCGGGUGCUCACCUCGGAGCAGAAAUCCAAAGCUCUCAAAGGGCAGUUCAAUUUUGACCACCCAGAUGCCUUUGACAACGAGCUGAUCGUGAAAACGCUCAAAGAGAUCACGGAAGGGAAGACGGUCCAGAUUCCUGUCUAUGACUUUGUCUCCCACUCCAGGAAAGAGGAGACGGUGACUGUCUACCCCGCCGACGUGGUGCUUUUUGAGGGCAUCCUGGCCUUCUACAGCCAGGAGGUGCGGGAUCUGUUCCGCAUGAAGCUCUUUGUGGACACGGAUGCGGACACCCGGCUGUCCCGCAGAGUUCUUCGAGACAUCAGCGAGCGAGGCAGGGACCUCGAGCAGAUCUUAUCUCAGUACAUCACCUUCGUCAAGCCUGCCUUUGAGGAGUUCUGUUUGCCAACCAAGAAGUAUGCUGACGUGAUCAUUCCCAGAGGAGCAGAUAAUGAAGUGGCCAUCAACCUGAUCGUGCAGCACAUCCAGGACAUUCUUAACGGAGGACUCAGCAAACGCCAGAGCAACGGCUACCUGAACGGCUACACUCCUCCCCGCCAGCGGCAGCCCUCAGAGUCCAGCAGCAGGCCUCACUGACCCCGGGGGGCAGGCGUGGGGCUGGGGGCAGAGGGCACUGGGGCCCUCCCGCUGCCCCUCUGUACAUACUGUCCGUUCAUUCCCCCCCUUUAUCUAUUUAAGAAACCAGAUGGAGACCAAUGCCUUUAAUUUUGGAUGUUGGAGAUGCCGGAUGAGAAGCAGCAGCCGGCUGCUCGGGAGCCUGGACCGCCCACAGCUCCUGGCCUUGCUCAGUAACUCCUCCAGCACGGAACCGGCUAUAAAUCUCUAUAAAUAUAGAAUUGCUCUAUUUUUGUGUAAA